AUGCAGGCACCACAAGGGGGACCCCAAAGGAUCCCAAUGGAGAAUCUUUCGAAGCCGAUAUUCGCGCAGGAUGAAAUGGGAAGACCGUUCAUCAUUGUGAAAGACCAGGGCAAUAAGAAACGAGAGCACGGAAUCGAUGCGGUGCGUUCGCAUAUCCUUGCAGCAAGACAGAUCGCUAAGCUUUUAAGGACGUCGUUGGGCCCGCGGGGCUUGGACAAGAUCCUCGUGAGUCCCGAUGGAGACAUCAACAUCACAAAUGAUGGUGCAACAAUCAUGUCUGAGAUCCAGCUCAGCAAUGAAGUGGCUAAGUUGUUGGUGGAGCUCUCAAAGUCACAGGAUGACGAGAUUGGGGAUGGCACGACCGGUGUUGUGAUCUUGGCGAGCUCGUUAUUGGACCAGGCGCUUGAUUUGAUCGAGAAAGGAAUUCAUCCAAUCAAGAUUGCCAACGGAUUCGACAAGGCAUGCAAGAUUGCAACAGAGAACUUGGAGCGGAUCGCAGAUGAGGUGAAGAUUGACACGGAGAGUGUGGAUGCAAACUUGAGCAAAGACUCUGAUCUUUUCAAGGCAGCAUCGACGUCUUUGGGGUCGAAAAUCGUCUCGAAGUGCAGGGACAAGUUUGCAAGAAUGGCCGUGGAGAGUGUGCUGAAUGUGGCGGACCUAGACCGCCGGGAUGUGGACUUUGAGCUCAUCAAGGUGGACGGCAAGCUGGGCGGAUCGUUGGAGGACUCGAAGGUGAUCAAAGGAGUGGUUUUGGACAAGGAUUUCUCGCACCCGCAGAUGCCAAAGCAAGUGGCAGAUGCCAAGAUUGCGAUCCUCACGUGUCCGUUCGAGCCACCAAAGCCAAAGACCAAGCACAAGCUUGAGGUGGAAAGUGUGGAAGAGUUCAAAAACUUGCAGGAAUACGAGCAAUCCACCUUCAAGCGGAUGAUCGAGCAGGUCAAGCAGGCAGGAGCCAACUUGGUGAUCUGCCAGUGGGGUUUUGACGACGAGGCCAACUACAUGUUGCUUGCAAACGAGCUUCCGGCGGUCCGGUGGGUCGGCGGUUCGGAAAUCGAGGAGGUUGCAAUUGCCACAAAGGGUCGAAUCGUGCCCAGAUUCGAGGAUCUCACUCCAGAGAAGCUCGGGCAUGCCGGAACGGUCCGUGAGAUGGCCCUGGGCACAACACGUGACCGCAUCCUCGUGAUCGAGCACUGCGACAACCCCAAGACCGUCACUGCACUUAUCCGCGGCUCAAACAAGAUGAUUGUGGACGAAGCGACCCGGUCUCUCCACGAUUCACUCUGCGUGGUGCGUAACUUGAUCCGCGAUAACCACGUGGUGUACGGAGGCGGUUCUGCCGAGAUAUCGUGCUCUUUGAAGGUUGCCGAGGCUGCAGACAAGCAGCAGGGAAUCGACCAGUACGCGUUCCGUGCUUUUUCGCAGGCUUUGGACGUGGUUCCAACCUCGUUGGCCGAGAAUUCUGGUCUUGAUCCAAUCCAGGUGCUCACCUCGUUGAAAGCAGAGCAUGUCAAGCAGAAAAACGCAUAUUUGGGCGUGGAUUGUCUCGGAAACGGCACAAACGACAUGCGGCAGCAGUUUGUCAUCGAGACGCUUAUUGGAAAGAAGCAGCAGUUCUUGCUUGCCACACAGUUGGCCCGCAUGGUGCUCAAGAUCAACGAUGUUAUUAUUAGCGGCAAGGAUCAGUAUUGA